AUGCCUCGAAGAUACGUGCGCAAAAACAACAACACGCGACCACCACCACCACCGCCUCCGUCGGAGGUAAACUUUGCUGCAUUCCAGAUAGCAGUAUCGGCCAUAGUCACUGCGGCAUUAGCACAUAUCCACAAUGGAAACAAUGGAGGCGGAAAUGGUCAGGGAACAGGAAGCUCCAACCAUGGAAUGAAUCAUGGGGCCACGAAAGCAUGCACUUAUAAAGAUUUCUCUAAUGCAAAACCCCGAACAUUCAACGGAACUAGUGGGGGGAACGUGAUCGCAGCAAACCCUGAAACUUUCGAUAGUGCAAAACGUCUAGCUCAAAAGUUGUAUGAUCAUGGAAACAAGAAAGGCACCAAGACUACUGAGAAAAAAGCCAAGAAGGAAAGAGACAAGAAGAAGAAUUCGAGAAAAAAAGGAAAUGGGGACACUAUUUAG